AUGGAAGACUUACACGAUUUUUGGAGUGAUAACUGGUCUCCAUAUGGUAACAUAGCAGACUUCCUUCAUCUCCCCUCGAAUGGAAGACUGGGUAUCAGCAGGUCAGCUACGAUCUCAGACCUCUACUCCAAUGGGGCUUGGAAUCUACCUGCUGACCGAUCAGAAGAGCAAGUCCUCCUUCACAUCUACAUGUCGUCUAUCACCCUGAAUCAGGAAGAAGAUCAAUAUGAUUGGGUAAUUAACAACAACUCAUAUAUUGCCUACUCUACUGGAACAGUAUAUGCCGCACUGAAACAUCAUAAUCCAAUUGUUACCUGGGCUGAUACGGUAUGGUUGAGUAAGGAUAUCCCGAAGCACAGCUUCUUGACUUGGCUGUUCGUUUUGAACCGGUGUUCAACAAGAGACCGCCUUCUGAAUUGGGGAGUCCUGACAGACCCGAUGUGCCUCCUCUGCAAUCUCGCGCCUGAGACACGUGAUCAUCUUUUCUUCGCCUGCGAUUACUCCCGCCGUAUCUGGACUUCGAUUGCAACACGCUGUGGAAUCACACCAUCUCCCUCUUGGGAUCAAAAUCUCCUAGACAUGCAAUCCACUCUCAAGCCUCGCCAUAUCAGGUAUCUCGGUACUUUAUCGUGGCAGUGCUCUAUGUACUUGAUUUGGACAGAGAGGAACAACAGGCUGCAUCGACAAGUUUUCAGACCUCCGGAUUCGAUCAUAUCCUCCAUUGAAGCAACCAUCAGAGCCAAAAUCUCGGCGAUCCGUCACACCUCUUCGCGCUUAGCCUUCUCUGUUUUCUCCGCUUGGAAUGCCUAA